GUUCCAUUGUAAAGCUCACGUCAAAACCCAUUUAAAAGCGGGACGGGUUUGUGUACGGAAACAUUGGAGGAGGAGGUGACACAGCAUUACGUUAAAGCCCAACGCAAUGAAAGCGUCGACCAGCUGAAGCGAGCGCAGGGCAUUUGGUGAAAACAGGCAAGAUGUGCUGGAGCGUUCAGCAGCUGCUGAUUCUGGUGACACUCGGCCGGCUCUCGUGUGGAGGAGACGAGGCGGAGCUCUCUGUUUCCUGCCCGGGACAUCAGAGGGCCUCCGAGGGUUCCUGCUACGAAUUUGUGGCUCAGGAGCGCUCUUUUUCCGGUGCUCAAGCUUGUUGCGAGGAGCGCGGGGGACACCUCGCUUUUGUCCCGAAUAAAGACACUCAGCAUUUCCUUCAGAGGCACCUGGAUCCUGAGAAGGACGUGUGGCUCGGUGUGGCGCUUUCUGCCUCUCCAAACCUGCAGUAUUCAGCCACAGUGGGAGGUGCUCUCUUUUGGCUGGACGGCUCAAACGUGACUUAUUCAAACUGGGCGAGCAGCCCAGAGCCGGGAGCGGCUUGUGGACACAUCUUAAAGGACUCGGGCUUCCAGUGGGAAGCCACAAGAGACUGCGACAAAAAGCUCUGCUUCAUCUGCCAGUUUGAGUCCAGGAGGAAAGUCGUGUGUGCGGGUCGUGACAACACUCUGCGGUGUGGUUCUGGCCAAGUGUUGAUGAUAGACGGGGGCUUCUACGGUCGUAAGAACGCUCACUACUGUCGACCCACGACCUCCUCGCCGACAACAUCCGCACAGCGUCACUGUGGCUGGGUGGAUGUGGAGGAGUCACUUAGAGCCCUCUGCCAUGGCCGUCAGUUUUGCCAGAUUGCUGAACUCGUGACCUCCGCUGGUGAACCCUGUCCUCAGCUGGGGAGCUACCUGUCUGUGGAUUAUCAAUGCAAAGAUGGGCUCACGCUAUCAGCGAGCACUGUGGCUGCUGUUCUUACUGACAUCACCAUCGACAUUAAGUGGCUCUUACAUUUGACAUCGGGAAAACCUGUCUGCAGGCUGAGCACAGGAGAUGGCCAUGUUAUUUAUUUGGACAGUCCAGAGGGGUUGGAGAGCAGCGUGGUGCACAAAUAUAAAUCUCCGAGCACAUUUGUAAUGGCAGUUGAAUGCACCAGCGGUGACGUUCACGUCACAGUUCAGAAAAUAAUUACCAUUUCAGAGCCCGUCACAGACAUCAGUGUCACCGGGUGCUAUGCUGCAGCACAGUCUUUCCAUGCAACCAACUGCAAAGCCCUGCACGGUGGAGCAUUUCAUAUUGAAAUGGAAUUAAAAGCAGGUAAAGUAGGUGGUACCAAGAAGGUGAUAAAAGAAAGUUCAAAUGUGACCUACAGAGCCCAGAGAGAUGAAAUGGUCUUGUCCGGUUCGUCCGCCGAAAGAGGAAACAUUCCCCGUAACAUCACGGUGACUGCGGAGAUGGUGAAGCAGCUCGGGCCUGGCUGCCACCAGCUGACGAUUUUUGCAUCCAACCCGGUCACGAUCCCUGAAGUGUCCACAGACCUGCAGGCUGAGACAAAGAGCUGCUAUGAAAAGUCAAAGAAAAGGCCACUCAUAGAGAAGCAGAAUGGUGGAAACGAAUACACCGUGAAACAUAGUCAUCUUGCUCUGGCCAAGUCUGAGGGUCAGGAUGUCACUGUGGUCGCGAUACGUGCUGGGAAGCAUACCUCUCCUCAAAACAUUCAUCAUAAAGACAUCACCUACGGGGAAUCAAGGUCCUACAACCGCACAACCAGCUGCCACUGCAACGACGAACAGAGCUGGAGACCCCACUGCUGCUCCUGCCACGAUACCUACAAUACCCGGCAGGACAGCUACAAUACCCGGAUCUACAACUACAAUACCCGGCACUACAGCUACAAUACCCGGCUCUACAACUACAAUACUCGGCACAGCAGCUACAAUACCCGGCACUACAGCUACAAUACCCGGCAGGGCAACUACAAUACCCGUCAGCACAGCUACAAUACCUGGCACGGCAACUACAAUACCCGUCAGUACAGCUACAAUACCCGGCAGUACAACUACAAUACACGGCACUACAGCUACAAUACACGGCAGUACAGCUACAAUAUCCGGCAGUACAACUACAAUACCGGGCACGGCAACUACAUUUCCCAGCAGUACAGCUACAACACCUGGCUUUACAACUACAAUACCUGGCUCGGCAACUACAAUACCCGGCACGGCAGCUACAAUACCCGGCAGUUCAACUACAAUACCCGGCACUACAGCUACAAUACCUGGCAGUACAACUACAAUACCGGGGACGGCAACUACAAUACCCGGCAGUACAGCUACAAUACCCGGCACAAUCACCACUACCACUGCUACCACCAGGGCUACAACUUCACCAGCAAACACCACAAAUGUCGUCAUCUGCUCUGCAGCAAGAACAACAAAGUGACAUCAGUCUUCCUUCCUCUCGGAGACAACCAGUCAAACUACAACCUGAUAAUCACAGCAACGGCAAAAAAUGACAGCUUUGUAGUUGGCACCAACAUAACUACACAGGUGAUGGAUUCGACAGGACCCUCCGGCUCUUCUGUUAGUGGUCUAAAGUCAUCAGUGGAGAAGGCUGUGGCACAGUUGAAAGACCAAGGCCUGCUGUCAGGAGAAACCGUGGGGCAAAUCUUUAGCUCUGUGGCCAACAAACUGAAUGGCCAAUCGGAUGCAUCGCAAAAAGCUGACAGGCAAAAGCUCCGUGAGCGGAUGCUGGACAUAUUGACUCGCGCAGUAGACGUGGUUCCCGCCAACACUCCAGAAGAGGUUCAGGUGAUCGCCAGAAGUCUUACUGCUGUCAGCGUGAAAGGCACUGAACUCAGCUCCUCUGCUCAGGAAAAGGUUGCAUUACUAUUUGUGGACCUCAGCUCAUCUCUUCUCCGCAUGGAUGUGCCCCAAAAUGAAGAAAAUAAGAAAGCAAUGUACAGCGCAGCAAGCAACAUUGUGGAAGGAGUGAGCAAUAUCCUUGGCUAUACCUUAAAUAAAAACAUCUCUGAUGCCCUUCUCGUUGUCCUGAAAAAUACACAGAGUGCACUCUUGAUAUUAAAAGAUGCUAAUGAGGGACCAACUAUUAUCCAACAAGCUAAUAUUGGCGUUUUAGUCAAUAGAGUGAACCUGGGAAGUUUGCACACACUAAACCCAAUAAGGUUUCCCAACAACAACUGCCCAAGAUUUUCUCUCCCAAAACUACCCUCCAACAUAUUUACCCUUGAAGAACCAGCUGACAUACGAAUGCUCUGUGUAGACAAAAAUCCGUUCUCCUGGAAUGAGAAAGGAAACAUCAGUGGCAAAAUAGUUGCGCUGUCCCUCACAACAAAAGAUGGCGCCACGAUCCGUUUGGAGAAUCUAAGUGAGGAUAUUGAGAUUCUGUUUCCAAGGCCUGUUGGAGAGCGGGGGAACGCCUCCGUUUUGGACCUGGGGAACUACAGCACUAUGGUCAUUGACGUUCCUUCAACUGACACUACGCUGGUGUUGAAGAUGGCGCCUUCAAAGGAUCCAUUACCCUUCAAGGUGUUCCUUGGUUAUAUGAGCUACCCCACUGAAGCAAAUCAUGUAGCGAUGACAGAGAUGCCUCAACAGGGAACUACACAAGAGCAGAGAUACACUUGGCUUGUAGACCCCAAGAAUUUCAGAGGAAAAACUGGAGUGCACUAUCUCGUAGUGAGACCCAUUGUAGGUCCGGGUAUUAAAUCCAUCAAUGCCAGCUUAUUAGUCACCUCCAUCUCUGCUGCAUGUAAAUUUUGGAAUGAAUCGUUACUGGAAUGGAGUAACAGAGGAUGCAGGGUUGGUGUUCAGACCACACAUUCAGUCACCCAGUGCCUCUGCAACCACCUCACCUUCUUCGGGAGCUCCUUCUUUGUCACUCCCAACCUUGUCGACCCGUCGCGCUCCGCUGAGCUGUUUGCGACCUUUGCCGAGAAUCCCGUGGUUGUGUGCUUUGUGGGCGCACUCUUUGUGGCUUACCUCUUGGUGGUUGUGUGGGCACGACGGAAAGACAUCAAAGACACCGCUAAGGUGAGAGUGACCGUGCUCGAGGACAACGACCCCAUUGACGAGUAUCGUUACCUGUUGAGUGUUAGCACCGGGCAUCGGAGAGGAGCUUCCACUUCCUCUCAGGUAACCCUAACUCUGCUGGGUGCUGAUGGAAACAGUGAGCCACACCACCUGGCAGACCCAAAGAAACGUCUGUUUGAGAGCGGCGCGGUGGAUAUGUUCCUGCUGACGACGCCCUUCUCCCUGGGAGACCUGCAGAGCCUCAGGCUGUGGCACAACAACACAGGGAGCCAUCCUGCCUGGUAUGUUGGCCAUGUCACGGUGCAGGAUGUACAGACGAACCAGAAGUGGCAUUUUCUAUGCAACUCCUGGCUGGCCAUAGACGUGGGCAAUUGUUGUCUUGAUCAAGUUUUUCCUGUCUCAAGCGAGAUGGAUUUGAAGAGUUUCAGUAAUCUGUUCUUCAUGAAGACAACGAAGGAUUUAAGGGACGGACACCUCUGGUACUCUGUGAUCAGCCGGCCACCGAGUAGCACCUUCACUUGUGUGCAGAGAGUGUCCUGCUGUUUCUCCCUGCUGCUCUGCACAAUGCUGACCAGCAUCAUGUUUUAUGGCAUCCCAACUGAUCCGUCUGAGCAGACCAUGGACCUGGGUCACUUCGAGUUUACCUGGCAGCAGUUCAUGGUUGGAGUUCAGAGUUCACUCGUCAUGUUUCCAGUGAACAUCCUCAUCGUCAGCAUCUUCAGACACACCCGACCCCGGGAGACGUCCUGCUGCAAGCGCCGACAAGAAAAACCAUGUCCGCAGACUCCGUCCUCACAGACCGCCUCCAACGACAAGAAGGUCAAUGUCACUUUAGACCUUAUCAUCAAGGACAUUACCAGAAUUGCCCAUUCGCUCUUUCUGUCCGCCAAAAGCAACAUACCAUUUACAGAGUCUACAGAGUUUGGGCCGGGACAACAACAUGAUAUCAACGCUGUCCUAUCUGCGGUGGACGAUUUUGUCAGACGGAAUUACAAAACCGGUGACGGCGCCGACCGUGUUCAGUCUCAACCCUCAGAUGCAGUGAGCAGUGCUAGUGUUCACCCUGCGACAGACGUGGAGGGCGUUCAGAAGAGCAACAAAGUCCAGUAUCUGUACAGGCAGCUGUGCCACAUCGACAAAGAGCUGAGCCUGCUGGGAUCCUCCGGCUUCCCCAGUGCGCACAGCUACAGCCAGGCGCUGCAGCAAGUCCAGGGCAUAAAGGGUUUCCUCGAAGAUCAGCUCCUCAAACCCAGCGGCGCCAACGUAGACGGACUCCCCCAAAAGAAGUCGAGUCUUGCCGGCAGCACUGGUGGUGGCGGUGAUCGGAAGAAAAGUGGGUGCUGUCGCGGAGGGCUACCCUGGUGGUUCAUUUUCGUCGGCUGGCUGCUUGUGAUCGCUACCAGUUCCGUGGCGGGAUACUUCACGAUGAUUUAUGGUUUGAAAUUCGGGAAGGAGCGUUCCAUCAGCUGGCUGGUAUCCAUGAUUGUGUCCUUUUUCCAGAGCAUCCUCGUCAUUCAGCCACUGAAGGUUCUGUGUCUCGCAGCGUUCUUUGCGCUCGUGAUAAAGAAAGUUGAUGAGGAGGAUUUUCAAAACGUGACAUUUGACUCGAACGCAGGGGAUUGCAAGGACCAGCAGACAGUCCGAGAAGAUCGGAAUCUUUACGAGCCUCCUCCUCCUGCAGACGUUGACAGAAUGAAAAGGAACAAGAUCAUGGAGCAGAAAGCCUUUGCCCUCCUCAGAGAGAUAUUCAUCUACACGGGCUUCAUGUGGAUGCUGCUGCUGGUGGCGCACGGCCAGAGAGAUCCCAAUGCGUUUUUCCUGCACCAGCACAUCAGGAAGAGCUUCGGCGGCGGCCUCUCACGCAGCAUGAGCCUCGGGGACGUGUUCGCGUGGGCCAACACAUCUCUGCUCAGUAACCUCUUUGGAGCUUAUCCAGGAUUCAUCACGGACGGCAACUCCAGGCUGGUGGGUAACGCCCGUCUCCGUCAGCUGAGGGUGCAGAGGAGCUCCUGUCAGAUCGCGGGCUCCAUGCUGCAGCUCGUGUCGGACUGUCACGCGCCAUAUUCGCGGGAGGUGGAGGACACAGGCUCCUAUGACUCUGGCUGGAACCAGUCCCUCGGCGGUAAUGCCACCAUGAGCACAUCUGGCCCCUGGACGUACCAGGCGCAGGCUCGGCUCAGAGCUCGCCCUCUGUGGGGAAAAAUGGUGGUCUACAGGGGAGGGGGCUUUGUGGCGGAGCUUGGCCCCGAUUUAAAAAAUGCCAGCAGAACCAUCGAGUAUCUGUUCAGGAACAAAUGGCUGGAUGUGUACACAAGGGCCUUCAUCGUGGAGUUCACCAUUUACAAUGCUAAUGUGAACCUCUUCGGCAUUGUCACCCUCUUGUUGGAGACCACGGCUGUAGGGGCAUUUCAGUUGCACAGUGAGCUGCAGAGUGUCCGUCUUUACCAGUCAACUGGUAGUCUUCACAUCUUCGUUAUGGCUGCCGAGGUCACAUACGUGCUUUUCAUCAUCUAUUACAUGUUCCUGCAGGGCAAAUUAAUGAAGCAGCAGGGCGGGGCUUACUUCAGGAGCAAGUGGAACCUUCUGGAGUUGUCCAUCAUCAUACUGAGCUGGAGUGCCGUGGCUGUUUUCAUCACGAGGACCCUGAUUGGAAACCGCGAUAUGACUUACUACCAAAACCACAGAGACCAGUUUGUCAGCUUUCAUGAGACGGCUGCCGCGGAUUCGGUGCUUAGUUACCUGAUCGCCUUCGUGCUCAUGCUCGCCACUGUCAAACUGUGGCACCUGCUCAGACUCAACCCCAAGAUGAACAUGCUCACGGCCACACUGCAGCGGGCGUGGGGCGACAUAUCCAGCUUCCUCGUGGUCAUCGGGAUCAUGUUGGUAGCAUAUUCCACUGCUUGCAACGUGAUCUACGGCUGGAAGAUAUCCUCCUAUAGAACGUUCGCGGACGCUCUUCUCACCAUCAUUAGCCUGCAGAUAGGCAUCUUUAACUACAGUGAGGUCUUGGACUACACCCCCCUGCUUGGUGGACUGCUCAUUGGUUCCUGCAUCGUGUUCAUGACAUUCGUGGUGCUCAAUCUCCUCAUCUCAGUCAUCCUUGUGGCUUUCAAGCAGGAGCAGACCGAUCACAAGCCCUCGGAGGAGAAGGAGAUCGUCGACCUGAUGCUGAAGAAAAUCUACAGUUUUUUUGGGAUCAGAUAUGACGAUAAAAAAGACCCCAGGGGGCCGGACACGACUGGCAGCAGUGGCCCGACCCUCAACACCAGCAGAAAUCUCCUCUCGUAAACAUCUUUCAUACUUCUAACAACUCACCGAACCCUUGAUGUUUUUCAUGCAACAUAUCUCUGGGUGUUUUGGGAUAUUUUAAGUGCACUAAUAUCCACACAGCCACUUGUUCAUGUUCGUUGCUUGCUCGGAGGCGUGCUGGCCGUCUUUGUGAAUGUGUGCCGACAGGUAACGAUCUCUCACAACAGACUUGCUCUGCUGUUUUUUUGUUGUGAAUGAGAUGUUUCUUUGGAGAACAUUUUAAUGCACAUUUAUUAUUUUACCUUACGAAGGAAGCAAAUAGUAAUGCUACACCACACAGCUCAUGUUCUCUUACAACAAAGACAAAUAAAUACAAAUUCAAAAAUAGCUCUGAAAGCAUACAAACGAAGCCCUAGAAAAUACUCUAUACUGUAUAAUAUAUCAGAAGAGUCAAUUUUCUGAAUAUAUUUAAAAGUAGAUGUGUUAACUAUUUCGUUGCCACAUCUACAUCAGGAAAUAUACUCACUAGUAGGCUUGUUUUUCACUGCAUGAAAAAAUAUAUAAUUAUUAUUCGUUUUUUUAAUGCGUGUCUUUGUUCCAUUAUAAUAUGUAUGUAAAAUGUAAUGUGUUUGGUCAAUUAAUGACCACUAUGGCAAAACAGCUGUAUUUUCAUUUCUUUUAGUCGUCUGAACUGUGAUGAUGGAAAUUGUUAGAAGAUUUCCAGGUUCCAGUCCUUUCCAUGUUUCAGUCCUUUUUCAUUUGGCGACUCCUGUUGUGACCAUGGCAGUUGCAAGUUUGAUAGGAGCCGUGACCCUUAAAUGAUAAAGCUGCAUAGAUGGAUUAGUCAACCAUGAUCUGAUUACCCGUUCCCUUGCUAAAAAGUUGGAGAUUAAAAAAAUCAUACAUUUCAAUACUGCCACUGACAAAAAAGAAAAGCCUAAAUGUAAUGCUGUCUUCGUAUUUUGAUUAUCAACAUGAACAGCUAUUUCACGGCCCGCCAGUUAAACACUAAUUUGAAGCAGUAGCAACGGGCUGUUUGGGUUUGCAUGAGCAGCAUCUUAAUUAAGAAAAGAUUGUCAAAUUGUGCCGCAUUACUUGAAGGCAUCAUGUAUCCCUUGUUGUAUUCAGCACAGGGAUGGCACACUCUGCCAUCGCCAAUAUAGGCGGAAGAGGUAAUUACUGAAUACUUUUAGAUGCCUAUUGAGAAAAAAACAAACAGACCAUUAAUGGUACCAAAUAAAUCUUUUACAUAAACACUUUUUAUUUCAUUUUCACUCAAGGAUCAAAUAAGUACAGUGUGUAAAAAUAGCGAUGCACGUGACUUUUGCCUGUUUUCAGCUUGUUUGAUGUUGUCCAAACUGUCCGGAUUGUGAUAGGCGAAGUAGGAGCCAAAUGCAGACUGCAGAAGUAAUGGUGAAUUUAAUUACAGUAAAAUCCAACUGAGGUUAAUAUCUCAGGAAAAAAACAGGAACAAAACUGCAAAGAAAAGCCAGAGCAAACACAAUUGGGGCGGGGCAGACAAUCGCAGAAGCGGGAAACACCAGGGGCGCGGUCGAAUUGCCCUUCCUAUCUCCAAUUCCUUGACCUCAGUGGAAAAAGGUCACGAGGUCAAGGAAAGGUAUAAUGGACGACUCAUGGGACUUACAAAAGGAAAACGCGACAGCGGUGCUCAGAGAAUCCUACUCCACUUUCCCUACACUACGUCAUCAUGCGACGGCAGAUGUUAUUGAGGUGCUUCUGCCAUGGUGAAACUACAAAUUUCCCAAAAAUAAAACGCAACGGCUCCAUCCAGCACUUUUUGAGAGUGUUUUACCACCGUGUUUACAUGUGAUUAUACGUAACGGUAACUUCCAUGAUGACGUGCGUCUCUUCGGAUUGAACCGUUUACGUCCGUGCACGGC